GACCAUUCGAAACUCAGAACCUGGAUUUCGAAGCCCAAGAGUUACCAGAAGAACGCGCACUUGGGACCAUUUGGAAUAUUGAAGAAGACAGUUUCAGGUACCGAAUAAAAGUCCCCGAUAAGCCAAGAACCCGCCGGGGUGUCCUUUCAACAACUCACUCUAUUUUCGAUCCUAUGGGACAUGUUAGCCCCGCAAUAAUGCCCGCCAAGCAAGUUUUCCAAGAGUUGUGCCGGGAACGCAUUGAUUGGGACCAAGACCUGCCAAAUGAGUAGGCCGGGGUUUGGAACUCUUGGUUGGCAGAACUUCCACUAUUGAAGAAUUAUUCGAUCACAAGAUGGUACGGUUCAUCUACAACUCAAAAAAGCACCAUGCAUGUCUUAUGCGAUGGUUGCGAAAGGAGAAAAGAAGCUGAAUUGUACUUGGUCACACCUUCAGAAGAAGGUCUCAAGAGCUCCCUUGUUUUAGCCAAGUGUCGUUUUGCACCAAUAAAGAAGAUUUCGAUUCCCAAGCUAGAAUUAGCAGGAGCAAAAUUGGCCGUAACUCUCCUGAUGAUAGCGCAGAAAGAGUUAACAAUACCCCUGGAUGACGUACUUCUGUGGACAGAUAGUGAAACCGUCCUCAAGUAUAUCCGGAAUGAAACCAAACGUUUUCAAAGGUUUGUGUCCAACAGAGUGGCUUACAUUCGCAAGAGAACUGAAGUGGAUCAAUGGCACCAUGUACCCGGUGAUUUAAAUCCUGCAGAUGUUGCUAGCCGUGGAAUGAACAUCCAUGAUUUUAUUCGGUGUAAAGAGUGGAAAUUCGGACCCGAGUUUCUGCGCUUGGACAAAAGUACUUGGCCUAUUCAUGGAGUCAUCCCAGAUCUUAAUGAUCAGGAUCCAGAAGUAAAGAAGCCCAUCGUCAUCUCGGCUGAAACCAAACUUGAUCCUGAUGCCUCCAUUCAGUUGAUUGAAAGCAUGUCAGACUUUCGUCGACUCGUUUGGACUGUUUGUGGGUUGAUUAAAAUUCAACAAAAAUGUAGGGGCCUUGUCCCCAAUAAGUCUACUUUGGAAGAACACAAUGAAGCCGAAUUGUCUUUAGUCAGAUUUGAACAAUCCAGGAUUUUUGAUGAUGACCUUGAGGUCGUUCAGACAUCGGGACGUUUGCCAAAGAAAUCUCCAAUCAGGAAACUUUCGCCGUUUCUGGAUUCCGACGGGCUAUUGCGAGCCGGGGGGCGUCUAUCUCAAGCUCUAGAUGUAGAUUAUAACGCCAGACAUCCUGUCAUAUUACCCAAUUCUCACAUGGCUGUCCUCAUAAUCCGGGAAAUUCACGCCCACAUUGGACAUCUAGGACAGCAAUUUGUUAUCACCCUAUUGAGGGAAAAAUACCGAAUUAUUGGUGAGGGGUCCAUUGUGAAGAAAAUUUUGCGCAACUGCAUUCGGUGCAAAAGAUAUCAAAGCAAAGUGGAACAACAGGUUAUGGCAGACCUGCCUACGGGUCGAUUAGCCAGAAACCACCCUCCUUUCGUCGAAACUGGCGUAGAUCUGUUCAGACCAUUCAAGAUUAUUCGUGGCCGAACAUCGGUUGAUCGAUAUGGCCUCAUUUUCACAUGCCUCACAAGUCGUGCCGCGCAUCUUGAAGUAGUGUUUGACAAAUCUACAGAUUCGUUCCUCCAAGCUUUGAGGAGAUUCAUAGCCAGAAGGGGCCAAGUCAGAAGGAUGAGAUCCGACAACGGAACCAACUUUGUUGGCGCCGACCGAGAACUUGGAAGGAUGUUGGAGGAAUUAAAUCAAUCCGAGAUCAGUGAAGAGUUAGCCAUCAAAGGGAUAGAGUGGAGUUUUAAUCCACCGUACAGCCAUCAUUUCGGUGGAAUAUGGGAGCGCGGAAUUCGAACCAUUCGAAAGGUUAUGGCCGGAUUGAUGUCUGAAACCCAACGAAAUCUCAACGAUGAGGGUUUAAGUACUCUAAUGUGCAAGGUCGAGUCGAUUUUAAAUGGCCGAUCACUAACCCCAGUCUCCAAUGAUCCUAAUGAUCUCGAAGCACUUACACCAAAUCACCUCCUUCUGCAACAAGCCGGACCCACCUACCCGCCUGGACUUUUCUGUUUAUCCGAUCAAUACAUGAAACAACGAUGGCGUCAAAUCCAGUAUAUGGCCGAUAUGUUUUGGAAGAGGUUAACCAAGGAAUAUUCAUCCCAACAAAUGAGUCGCAACAAAUGGAUCGAGCCGAAACGAGAUGUUCAAGUUGGAGAUUUGGUUUUAAUGGUCGUGGAAGGUAAUCCACGAAAUCAAUGGCCCCUGGGUCGAGUUCUAGAAGUUUUUCCAAGUUCAGAAUGGCACGUCCGAUCGGUGCAAGUCAAAACGGCCAAAUCUGAAUAUCGAAGACCAAUUUCUUAACUAGUAUUACUAAAAGAAAAUGAUGACCUACGUAAUGAACAAUGACAUGCUAAGUAAAUGUCCAGUGGACCAUUUAAGGGCCGGUGUGAAUCUCGUUGUUUUUCUUUGCCUAUUUUGGCCACCCUUCCAAACUCGUUCUCUGAACAAGCGUGAGUUCAUCAUCUUAUGUGUGUGCAUGUGCCUCAAUUCGUUCGACCAUGUUUUAACUAUUUUGAAACCGUUAUUAAGUUCCAUUCGUGUCAAUGAUCAUUUCGCGAUGGAAAACGCGUAACAAAUUAGCAAUCUUGUCGGGGUUUU